UUUUCCCCUCCUGCUGUCCCCUCGGUCUCCAGCGGCGGCGCUGUUCCUCCUCCAUCCAUAAGCGGGGGAGUGAGAGGUGCAUGAAAUGGAGAAAAAUGGCGGAUCAUGUGCAGGGCCUUGCCCAGCUGGAGAUCCUGUGUAAGCAGCUGUAUGAGACCACCGACACCGCCGUCCGACACCAGGCCGAGAAAGCUCUGGUGGAGUUCACCAACAGCCCCGACUGCCUCAGCAAGUGUCAGCUGCUGCUGGAGAGAGGCAGCUCUUCGUAUUCUCAGCUGCUUGCAGCCACAUGUUUAUCUAAACUGGUUUCUCGGACCAGCAACCCUCUGCCCCUGGAGCAACGCAUCGACAUCCGGAACUAUGUGCUGAAUUAUUUGGCGACGCGGCCGAAGCUGGCGGCGUUCGUGACUCAGGCUCUGAUCCAGCUCUACGCCAGAAUCACCAAACUGGGCUGGUUCGACUGUCAGAAGGACGACUACGUCUUCAGAAACGUCAUCGCAGACGUGACCAGAUUUCUGCAGGACAGCGUUGAGCAUUGCAUCAUCGGAGUCACCAUCCUGUCCCAGCUGACCAAUGAGAUCAACCAGGCCGACACGACGCAUCCUCUGACCAAACAUAGGAAGAUAGCUUCAUCAUUCAGAGAUUCCUCCCUCUUCGACAUCUUCACGCUUUCCUGCAACCUCCUCAAACAGGCUUCGGGGAAGAACCUGAACCUGAAUGAUGAGUCUCAGCAUGGCCUCCUCAUGCAGCUCCUCAAGCUCAGCUACAAUUGCCUCAACUACGACUUUAUAGGAACUUCCACAGACGAGUCGUCAGACGACCUCUGCACCGUACAGAUCCCAACGUCAUGGAGAUCAGCGUUCCUUGAUUCCUCCACCCUGCAGCUGUUUUUCAAUCUCUAUCAUUCCAUCCCGCCGUCCCUCUCCCCCUUGGUGUUGUCAUGUCUAGUCCAGAUCGCCUCCGUCAGAAGGUCUCUGUUCAACAACGCAGAGCGAGCAAAGUUCCUGUCUCACCUGGUGGACGGAGUCAAGAGGAUACUAGCGAACCCUCAGUGUUUGCCGGAUCCUAAUAACUACCACGAGUUCUGCCGCCUGCUGGCGAGGCUGAAGAGUAACUACCAGCUGGGGGAGCUGGUGAAGGUGGAGAACUACCCCGAGGUCAUCCGUCUCAUAGCAAACUUCACCGUCACCAGUCUGCAGCACUGGGAGUUUGCCCCCAACAGCGUUCACUACCUGCUGAGUCUGUGGCAGCGUCUGGCGGCGUCGGUUCCCUACGUUAAAGCCACCGAGCCUCACCUGCUGGAGACCUACACACCUGAGGUGACCAAGGCCUACAUCACGUCACGGCUGGAGUCGGUGCACGUCAUCCUCAGAGACGGGUUAGAAGACCCACUGGACGAUGCCGGCCUGGUGCAGCAGCAGCUGGACCAGCUGUCCACCAUCGGCAGGUGUGAAUACGAGAAGACGUGCGCUCUGCUGGUGCAGCUCUUCGACCAGGCGGCUCAAACCUACCAGGAGCUGCUGCAGUCGACCAACUCCAGCGCCGCCGACGUCACGGUGCAGGAAGGUCGGCUAACGUGGCUGGUCUACAUCAUCGGGGCUGUGAUCGGGGGACGAGUGUCGUUCGCCAGCACAGACGAGCAGGACGCCAUGGACGGAGAGUUAGUCUGUCGGGUGCUCCAGUUGAUGAACCUGACCGACUCCCGGCUGGCCCAGGCCGGUAACGAGCGGCUGGAGCUGGCCAUGCUCAGCUUCUUCGAGCAGUUCAGGAAGAUCUACAUCGGAGACCAGGUGCAGAAAUCAUCAAAGCUUUAUCGACGACUAUCAGAAGUUCUGGGUUUGAAUGACGAGACGAUGGUACUGAGCGUCUUUAUAGGGAAAAUCAUCACAAACUUGAAGUACUGGGGCCAGUGUGAACCAAUCACCUCGAAGACACUCCAGCUGCUCAACGAUCUGUCGCUAGGGUACAGCAGUGUGAGGAAGCUGGUGAAGCUCAGCGCCGUUCAGUUCAUGUUGAACAACCACACGAGCGAACACUUCUCCUUCCUGGGCAUCAACAACCAGUCGAACCUCAGCGACAUGAGGUGUCGGACCACCUUCUACACGGCUCUGGGGCGCCUCCUCAUGGUGGACUUGGGCGAAGACGAGGACCAGUUUGAACAGUUUAUGCUGCCGCUGACAGCGGCGUUUGAAGCCGUCGCUCAGAUGUUGAGUACGAACACGUUCAACGAGCAGGAGGCCAAGAGGACUCUGGUGGGUCUGGUCCGGGACCUUCGAGGAAUCGCGUUCGCCUUCAACGCCAAGACGAGCUUCAUGAUGCUGUUCGACUGGAUAUAUCCGGCCUACAUGCCCAUCCUGCAGCGGGCCAUCGAGCUCUGGUACCACGACCCAGCAUGCACCACGCCAGUCCUCAAGCUCAUGGCCGAGCUCGUCCACAACAGAUCUCAGAGGCUUCAGUUCGACGUUUCGUCACCAAACGGCAUCCUGCUGUUCAGGGAAACCAGCAAGAUGAUCACCACCUACGGGAACCGGAUCCUGACGCUGGGCGAGGUUCCUAAGGACCAGGUCUACGGGGUGAAGCUGAAGGGCGUCAGUGUCUGCUUUGCCAUGCUGAAGGCGGUGCUCAGCGGAAACUACGUCAACUUCGGUGUCUUCCGUCUCUACGGAGAUGAUGCUCUGGACAACGCCCUGCAGACCUUCAUCAAGCUGCUGCUGUCCAUCCCCCACAGCGACCUGCUGGACUAUCCGAAGCUCAGCCAGUCGUUUUACUCAUUGCUGGAGGUUCUGACGCAGGAUCACAUGAACUUCAUUGCCAGUCUGGAGCCUCACGUCGUCAUGUACAUCCUGUCGUCGAUAUCAGAAGGGCUCACGGCGCUCGAUACGAUGGUGUGCACCGGCUGCUGCUCCAGUUUGGACCACAUCGUCACCUACCUGUUCAAGCAGCUGUCACGUUCCACCAAGAAACGUCCGACUCCGAUGGCGACAGACGACCGGUUCCUGCACAUCAUGCAGCAGCAUCCAGAGAUGAUCCAACAGAUGUUGUCCACCGUGUUGAACAUCAUCAUCUUCGAGGACUGUCGGAACCAGUGGUCGAUGUCUCGGCCUCUUCUAGGCCUCAUCCUGCUCAAUGAGAAGUAUUUCGCUGAUCUGAGGAACAGCAUCGUCAACAGUCAGCCUCCAGAGAAGCAGCAAGCCAUGCACUUAUGUUUCGAGAACUUGAUGGAGGGAAUUGAAAGAAAUCUACUAACUAAGAACCGGGACAGGUUCACUCAGAACCUGUCCGUGUUCAGGCGUGAGGUCAACGACAGCAUGAAGAACUCCACAUACGGCGUCAACAGCAACGACAUGAUGAGCUGACAUUCCACUGGGCAGAGCCCCGCCUCCCUUCCUCUCUCCCCCAGCCCCCUCCCCCUCCCCCCUCUGCAUCCGCCUCCCCCCCUCCCCCUCGGGCCCGGAUGCCCGGGGUCACGCCCCUCCGCCUGGCCCCGCCUCCUUUUUGAUAUGAGCAUAUAUAAAUAUAUACAGAUCUAUUUUAAAGCCUGGGGGGAGGGGUCGCAUGGCUCCGCCCCCUGAUGGGACGGAGGGAGGGAGGGAUUGCCGUGACGACGGGAUGAGCGCCGGUAACCGUAGUAACCCGCUUCUGCCUGCCUUGUAUAGAAACACACAGAAAAACCCAAGUGUACAUUUUUUUUGGUAACAUUUUGAACAAUGUUUAUAACGAUCGAAUUUCAACACAACGGAGGAAAAAACAAACAAACAAACAAACAAAAAAGCGUGUGACUGAGCUUUUUACCGAGUAGUGAGUUAGUGCAGCUGUCUGUCUGAGAGACGAUGGGGAGGACAGGGGACGUUUCCCUCCGCUUGAAGUGAUGUAAAUAAACCUGCAGGGGGCGGGGCCACACAGGGAUGGAGCCAGAGAGGGGCGGGGCAUCCGGCUGUCAGCUGACGAGUCGAGAAAAGAGACGAAACCACCGAGUGUCCUGAAGCAGCAGACCAGGACGACAAUAACAAUGAUAACAACAUUAAUAAUAAUGGUAAUAAAAUAACAAUAUUAUUAAUUUGAUAAUAAUUAGUGCUCUAGCGGUUAAUUAACACAAAAUUAGUAUUUUAUUAACAGUAAUAAUGUUGAUUAUUUUAAUUAGAGCUCCAACAGUUUGUUCAUUAAUGGAUCAUUAAAUUCAUCUGCAACACAUUUAUUAUUAUUAAUAGUAAUAAUAGUAACAAUAAUAAUAAUCAGAACUCCAACAGUUUUAGUUCAUUUAUUGUGAAUUCAGUAAAUCAUUAAAAUUGUUCAGUUGUUGUUGUUAUUAUUAAGCACAUUAUUAUUUUUCUUUUAAAAAUUGAUUAAAACAAUUAUAAGCAAUUUAAUUUAUUCAUUUCUUUAUUUUUGGAAAAAAUUUAUUUCAUUAAAUUAUUUUCUGUUUUUUUUCAGGACACUAAACUAAAAACACUGAAAAAUCUGAUCAGUUCAAAGAAUCUGCAGUUGCAGCUUUUAUAUAAUAAUGGUAAUGAUAGCAAAAAAUAAAUAAUGGUAGUAAUAAAAUACUUUAUUAUUAUUAUUCAAUAAUAGUAAUUAUUGUUUUUCAAUAAUAAUUAUUAUUAUUUUAUUUAAUCAUAAUAAUUUAUCAGAAUUUGUCAUUAUUAUUAUUUGAUGAAUUUCAAUUCUUUUGUUUCCAGAUUUUCUUUUUUGCUGCUUUUCUUUUUUGACACUAAAUUAAAAAUAAAAACACUGAAUAGAUCCGAUUCAACAGAAUGCUCAGCUGUAGCUCUGAAUAUUAUGAUCAAUAUUAUUAAUGAUAUCACGUUAGGUUUUUAGUUUAUUUUCUACUUCGACACUGAUCUGAACGUCACCGGGUUUUAAACUGUUAAAUAAAUUCAUCAUAAAACCAGUGAAACGAUAAAAGUAAAGUUUUCUGAUAUUUAGACAAAAAAAUUUCAAACAAUCCUCAGUUACAGCCGUUAUGAUUAUUACUUAUUGUUGUUGUUAUUGGAGCUGCAGCGGUUUUCAAUCAGAAUAUUAAUCAUCAUCAUUUCAAACAAGCUCUUUUGUUAUUUUUACGAAAAAAUCUGAAAUUAUUUCAUCAACACCUGAAGAAAACGAGCAUUUUUCAGCUUUUCCCUGAUUAGAGCAUUUUUCUGCUUUUUUAACCUGAACGUCUGAAACCUUCUAAAGCCACGUUUGUCUGUUUCCCAGUUUGGAGUUUUGGACAGAAAAUUUAUCAUUCAAAUAAUUAUAACAGUCAAAAAAAUCUGAUGAAUUUAAUGAGUUCAGGAUGAAACCAGCAGGAAACAUAAACCUAUUUCUGAUUGGUCAAAGACUCUCAGAUUUAACGUUUUUCUUCAGACUGAAUGUGGAUGGAAGGCGUUUGUCCUCAAACUUCAUCCUUCAGACGGGUUUAAAGUGGCAGUCAGAGCUGUUACGGCAGAACAAACGGAAAUAUAGCAGAAGAAGCAGCUCCUCAUUCUAAGCUCUCGUUCCACAUGAAGUUCUGCUUCAGUUUAUUAAAAUAAAAGGGAAGCAGCGACGUGAAGCCGACAGGAAAACAUCAGAAAUAUUUCAUCUGCUGAAGCUUAAAUCUGGAAUCAGUAAAUCUGAACUCUUUAUUUUAUCCUCUCAGGCUGAAACUUUAUAACCAAAUUAUGAAAAACAACAACAAAUGUUUGCAGAUUGAAGCUUCUGAACAGAAAAUUGACUGAUUUUCUUCAUGAUUUUUUAUUUUAAGCUGAAUAUUUGUUUUAUUCAGUCGAUCAAAACGCUUCUGCUCAACCGUGAAUUUAUUAACAGAGUAAUAAAAAACUAAUAAAAGUGUUCAGUACCAGAUCUGCGGGGAUUAUUUACUGCUUAUUGAUCUGUUAAUCAAUCAAUCAAUUAGCUGUUUGGUCUGCAGACGUCACAAAACAAAUUAAGAAAUAAUCAGCAGAUUUUUAAAACAAACAAAUAAAAUAGUUUCAUUAAAAUCAGAUUUAAACUAAAGAUGCAAUUAAGUUCUGAUUUAUCUUUUUCAAUCAAUAACCGGUUGUCUCAUCAUCUGCAGACGGUAAUGAGACCAGUUUCAUCUGCUGCUGAGGUUUUAUUUUCUGACUCCGUUACGUUUCCAUUGACUUCAGACAAUCAAAAACUUCUGUUUGAGAUGUUUUCAGUUUGUAGAAACUCCAUGGAGAAGCUCUUGUCUGAAUGUUUGACCUGCAGAGGAACUCAGAUUUAUCAGAAAAAUAUUUUUCAGGAGUUUCUCCUGUUGGAGCAACACUCUAAAUGUCUGAUCUACAGAGGAACGUAAGGUCCAUCACAGAGGCUCUGGUUCCUCCUGAACAACCUGAAGUCUUUUUGAUCAUUUUGAAGUUCUUCUGCAGGUCAGCUAUAAAGACUGUAGGAUGUUUGAGGUGUUUCCCCUGAAGAACCUGUAGUCUUUAUAUUUGAGUUGCAGAGGAAUUUAAAGUUUAUCACAGAAACCUCAGGAGACUCUGUGUUCCUCCUGAAGAAGCUGCAGUCUGAAUAUGUGAUCUGCAGAGGAACUUAGAGUUUAUCAUAAAGAUUUCAGGAGGCUUGUGGUGUUUCCCUCGUAAGAGCUGUAGGCUUAACAUUUGGCUUACAGAGGAACUUAGAGUGCAUCAGAGACUUCACGGGGCUCUUCUUUGUCCAGCAGAAGCUGCAGUCUUUAGGAUUAACUUAAAGUUCAUCUGCAGAUCUAAUAUAAAGACUUCUGGUAUUUCUACUGAAAAUGACAGUUUUAAUUACAGACUAACUUAAAAAUUAUCAUCAAAACUUAAGAAGGCACUCAGUGUUUGUCCUAUAGGAGCUGUAGACUUUACAUUUGAGCUGCAGAGGAAAAGUUUAGCAUGUAAGCUUAAGGAGACUCAGUGUUUCUCCUGAACAAACUGUAGUUAGAAUAUUUGACUUCUAGAGGAAUUUAAAGUCCAUCACAAACGCUCUGGUUUGUCCUGUAGAAGCUGUAGUCUUCAGGAUUAACUUUAAGUUCAUCUGCAGAUCAAAUACAAAGACUUCCUGGGUUUCAGCUGUAAUUAAAAUUACAUACUUUUAAUUACAGAUAAACUUAAAAUUUAUCAUAAAAAUUAAAAAAGUGUUUCUCCUACUUUCUAUCUGAGCUGCAGAGGAACUUAAAGUCCAUCUCAGAGGUUUCAGGAAGCUCGUGGUGUUUCUGAUUUUGGAAUCACCACAAACAGCGACGGGAUUGAACGCCCCUCCAGAGCUCCGCCCACCUGCCCCAAAGCUCUGCCCCUCUCCUCGAAGUGAAACCCGACACCGCGGCGUCCUGCAGGCGUCGCCCGCUGCUUGUCGAACGUGUAAGCAACAUGGUCGCGGCUACAUUUUCCCCUCUGGUAGGCCGGGUGCAGUUUCCACCAUUUUGUUUACACUGUGGACUCGCCGGAACCGGACUUUUCCCCGCCGGGUCCUGCGGCCGAGUCCGACUGGCGUGUGCGUUGUUGUUUGUUUGUGUGUGUUUGUGUGUUGCCUGGUGUGUGCGUAUGUGGCGUCUCAUGGUGCUGCGACGGCUUGAAACCGCGACGGAGCUCAAACGACCGACGAAACUUUAGCGCCGCUCAAGACAUCGGAGCUCCUCUGAAGGAUCCAGUUUAGUUUGAAGAACCGGGUAGAAGUCAGAACGGUGUAAAAAGAGAAGCGGGAGUGGAUCAAUUAGCAACUUGUGUUACUCUCUACGAUGUUGCUGCUAACUGUUUGUGACAACUAGCUCAUCUCUAACCAUGUCAGCACUCACGGAUGUUAUUGAGUUCCUACUUUUGGUUUGUGUCCCUGAUGUGAAUGUGUUGGGUCCAUAGAGUGAAUAGCUGUUUGAGUUGUUUGGAUGUCUGCUACAUAUAGUGUAAGCAUUGUGACUGCAAAUAAACCUCAUUGAUUUUUA